CCAACUUCCCAGCAGCUUUCUCAAGAUACUUGGUACCCAUUGUAGUCCGAUAUCUCACGGAUCCAAAUAACCAGGUGCGGAAGACCAGCCAGGCAGCACUGCUGGUCCUGUUGGAGCAAGGCCUCAUCUCUAAAGCUGAUAUGGAGACCAAAGUUUGUCCAGUUCUGCUCGACCUCACAGAACCCAGCAGUGACGAUGACUACAAAAUCGAAGCAGUCGCUAUCAUGUGUAAAGUUGUCACCAUGUUGAGCAAAGACACAGUGGAGCAUCUACUACUGCCACGCUUCUGUGACCUGUGCAGUGAUGCCAGACUCUUUCAAGUCCGCAAGGUCUGUGCAGCUAAUUUUGGAGAGUUUUGUUCUAUUGUGGGUCAGGAGGCCACAGAAAAACUACUGAUGCCCAAGUUCUUCGAUCUAUGCUCAGACAGUCUGUGGGGCAUCAGGAAAGCCUGUGCUGAGUGCUUCAUGAUGGUCUCCAAUUCUACCUCUCCAGAGGUGCGACGUGCGAAAUUGUCCCCUCUGUUCAUCAGUCUCAUCAGUGACCAGUCUCGCUGGGUGCGACAGGCUGCCUUUCAGUCUCUAGGGCGCUUCAUCUCCACCUUUGCCAAUCCCUCAAGCACAGGCUUUCACUUCAGAGAGGAUGGCGCCCUAUUAGAGGUCCCCCGGUGUACAUUGGACAGCGACUGCUCCCUAAACUCUCUGAACUGCUCCGACAUUAGUGGCUGCCACACAGGAAGAACCAUUGCUCACACACCUCCCAAUCAGGACGGCCGUGCCACACCGUCCCCAGAGCACGUGUCGACAGCGGACAGUGAGGAAAUGCACAACUUUGAUGACAUCCACACUUCUGUUCCCAAAGAGAUGCGUGGCGGCUUCAACCACACAUUCUCAAACAGCAACACCAACCCUACGACUACAAACAACGCUAAGAACGCAAAAGACACAGAGCAGACGGACGAGAACUUUAAUUCUUUCAACUAUUGGAGAUCUCCUUUACCAGACAUCAGUGGGGAGCUGGAGAUGCUAAAUUGUCAAAAACCAGAGGAAGUGACAGAGGAAGAGGAGGAAGAGGAACUUGAUUGUCCUGAUUCCAAGUCCAGCCCUGGCAAAGCCACCAGCGACCAGAUCCAGAAGGUCUUGGACUGUUUGCAACCGCACAUGGAUGACCCUGAUGUACAAGCUCAAGUCCAGGUGUUGUCAGCGGCUCUAAAGGCAGCCCAGCUCGACAGCCCCGAAGAUGACAGCCCGACAGAUGACGGCCUGACUGAACCCGAGCCACAAGAGCAGCCCGAGGACGACAUCAACCGUGUGUCCGUGGAGAGUAAAUCUGUGGAGGUUCAGUCUGAGAGUGAAGAGAGUCCCACAGAAGAGGAGCAAACGAUGGAAACUUCUCCAGCCUCAGAGUCGAGCCCUGUUCAGGAGCAAGGGGACGAAGAGACGCAGACGGAGCCCCUGGAGGACCAGGAAGAGUCUCCUCCUGAUUCCCCUAUUUUAGAGUCUGAACUAAUUGAGAGUGUGGAGGAGGAGGGAAAGGAAGACUCUGCUCACAGCCCAGUGUUUGAGGAUAAGCCCAAAAUCCAGAAUGUCAUCCCCCAGCAGCUGUUGGAUCAGUACCUUUCUAUGACUGACCCAGCUCGGGCCCAGACGGUGGAUACAGAGAUAGCCAAACACUGUGCCUUCAGCCUGCCGGGGGUAGCGCUCACUCUGGGACGACAGAACUGGCACUGCCUCAAGGACACAUAUGAAACCCUUGCUACUGAUGUGCAGUGGAAGGUGCGGCGUACGCUGGCUUUCUCAAUCCACGAGCUGGCAGUUAUCCUGGGAGACCAGCUGACAGCCGCUGAUCUGGUGCCUAUCUUCAAUGGUUUCCUCAAAGACCUGGACGAGGUCCGCAUUGGCGUGCUCAAACACCUCUACGACUUCCUCAAACUGCUGCACGCAGACAAGCGGAGAGAAUACCUGUACCAGCUGCAGGAAUUCAUGGUGACGGACAACAGUCGUAACUGGAGAUUCAGAUAUGAGCUGGCAGAGCAGUUGAUCUUGAUCAUAGAGUUGUACAGCCACAAUGACGUGUUUGACUACCUCAGACAGAUAGCCCUCACACUCUGCUCUGACAAAGUAUCAGAGGUCAGGUGGAUCUCAUACAAACUGGUUGUUGAGAUCCUCCAGAAGUUGUAUGCAUGUGGGGCCGAUGAUCUGGGCCUGAACUUCAUCAACGAGCUCACCGUCAGGUUCUGCCACUGUCCCAAGUGGGUUGGACGGCAGGCCUUUGCCUUCAUCUGCCAGGCCAUAGUGGAGGAGGACUGCAUGCCCAUGGAGCAGUUUGGCCAGCACCUCUUGCCCAGCCUGCUCAGCCUCUCCUCAGACCCGGUGGCCAAUGUCCGCGUACUGGUGGCCAAGGCUCUACGACAGAGUGUCAUGGAGAAAGCUUACUUCAAGGAGCCCUGCUGUGCCUACUCUGACGAGCUGGAAGAGACUGUGAUGGCUAUGCAGUCCGACAAGGACCGGGACGUCCGCUUCUUUGCCAGCCUGGAUCCCAACAAAGGCUUGAUGGACACAGCUCCCUUGAUUUAGCCUCAGCUCCUGAGUCCUAUUACAGCCCACCUGCCUGUCUACCUACCUGUCUGUCUGACUGAUGCACAGUCAGCGCAACCUGCAACACCAGCACCUGACCAGAUCCCCAAUCACUCGCCUGCAGGGCAGACCUGCACCAACGACCACUUGGGAAUCAUGUCAGAUGAUCAGAUUAUAAGAUAAAAGUAUGAGCGUGCUCAAAAAACACAACCCAGCCUCUGGUUGAGCACUACAUAGCGCACAUUGCAUUCACGAUACAAAAUGCAUACUUCUCAGAGUUUUCAGAAGAUGAGCAGGACUCAGAGGUUAGCUGCACCACUUUGUGGGAGCUGCCGUAUUCACGCCUGAAUUUUUCCUCACCCUCCUCCACACUAACAUCGACCCAAUAAUUCUCCAAUCGCAGACUUGUAAAACUACGACGGGCUCUUUCUCUCCAAAGCUAAUUGUAAGCUUGAUAUAAAAUUGCUGAAUUGAUGAUUUUUUUUUUUUUUUUUUUUUUUUCUCUCUCUCUUUGUGGAUUUCUUCUUAACGAACAAGCGGGCAAGGCCUGUCUGACUCUGACGUGUGCACUAACUCAGGGGGACUCAUCUGAACCUAAACAGCAUUAUUAGCUUACAUGAUAAGCAGCAGCUCCGGGAUCCCUGGUGAAAAAAAAACUCCAGCUGUCUGAGCAACAGACCAG